UAUAUAUAAUAUGAAAGGCAUUUUACUAUUAGUUCUUUUGGCAACAGGAUUGGCAACAGAAUCAUUUUUAUAAACUUCUCAAGAGUUUAAGGAGAUUGAGUUAUCUCAAAACCAUUUUUAGGAUUUCUUAGUUGGUUAUGCCUUAGGUAUAUUUAUGAAAGGAAAUAUUAAGGAAUUGGAUUAUUAGAAGCAAUUCCUGAUGUAUUAAAAUGUGUAACUACAGUGACAGGAUUUCAAGAUUAAUUUUAAUAAGCAAUAGAAGAUCUUAAAACUAAAGAUUUAGAACAUAUAGUAUCAGGAGUGUAAAUAUUUGCAAAAUUAUUUGAUGGAGUAGCAAGUGAUUGUGGAGAUACUACUAUUGAAGUAGUGACCGCUUAUUAAAAUUUAAUGGCAAGAAUUAAAGGUAUAUAUAUUUAAAUAUUUAAUAAGCAAAGGGAUUUAUUAAAGAAGGAUGGAUUAAUAUAGGUAAAAAUUUGGAGGUUGUGGUUGAUGAUAUUUAAUAAGUCUUUUUCUUAGGUGAUGAGGAUUGGAUGUUGAAAGGUGCUUAUGUUGGAGACAUAGUAAAAAUUUAUGUUACUGGUGAACCAAAUGAUAAAUGAUUUAUGAUAAA